ACCCAAGCACUUUGACUCUUUUCGCUUCACCCCGUGUUCUUUCCGCGACAGGAAGUCGCUCUUCUGCUUUUUCUGCUGGUGUGGUUUUCUGCUCGUGUUCCUGAGGUGUUUGUCCAAGACGGGCCUGACAUCUUGCCGCCCUCGCACCUGCCUGAUGCACUUCCUCCCAGCGUCGGGCCUCAUUUAGGGGCCUCCUCGCGCUCGCACCGCUCUGGUAUGCGACUGAUUUCCUCAAGACAAGGCGCUUGUGCACGGCUUUCCUCCUGGAUUACUUGUGGAGAUUAGUGAUGGGGAAUGCUGCCACGGGGGCCGCCGAGCAGCAGGAGCCAUCAGACGGUCGCUCGGCCAGGAGCUCGGCCUCGUCGGGGAUGAGCGAGCCGACACCCCCGACGCUGCAGAAGAAGCAGCCGUCGACCCCCAAGCUGCCCAUGCCCCCCGAGGGGGAGCUGGAGGAGCGCUUCAACGUGGUCCUGAGCUACAUGAACCUUCCACCUGAUAAACUGCAGCUGUUGAGUCAAUACGACAAUGACAAAAAAUGGGAGCUCGUCUGUGAUCAGGAGCGUUUCCAGGUGAAAAGUCCCCCUUCUACCUACCCUGCAAAGAUCAGGAGCUUCUACCAGGAUCAAGUGGUGGUGGCCCGCAGGAAGAAAAGAGUCCAAGAUGCCACAAAAGUCCUCAAAGAUUUGGAGAUCUCCCUCCGCACAAACCACAUUGGUUGGGCUCAGGAGUUUCUCAAUGAUCAAAACAAAGGUCUGGACGUGUUGGUGGAGUACCUUUCUCAAGCCCAGAGUGAUGUCUCAUUCGACGUGGACACCAGCGAGAACGGCGGCACCCUGCAUGAGCGGACAAGACCCGUCAAUGGAAGGUCCAUCGAAGACCUGACCAAGACCACCACCACCAACACAACCACCACCACUACCGGCUCGCACUCUCACGGGAUGAGCCGAGCCGCGCGAGCGCUCACAGUGAGGAUCAGCUCCACUCUGGGGAACAAGAUGCUGAAGAAAUCUCACUUGCCCAGCCAGAGAGAUGACGUGCACGUGUGCAUUAUGUGCCUCCGAGCCAUCAUGAACUACCAGUCGGGUUUCAACCUGGUGAUGACGCACCCGCGCUGCGUCAACGAGAUCACGCUCAGUCUGAACAGCAGGAAUCACAGGACUAAAGCCCUGGUUCUGGAGCUGCUGGCCGCCGUGUGUCUGGUCAGAGGAGGACAUGACAUCAUCCUGUCGGCGUUCGACAACUUCAGAGAGGUGAGCAGAGAGCGAUGGCGCUUUGAGAAACUGAUGGAGUACUUCGUCAACGACGACAGCAAUAUUGACUUCAUGGUGGCCUGCAUGCAGUUCAUCAACAUUGUGGUCCACUCUGUGGAGAAUAUGAAUUUCCGCGUGCACCUGCAGUAUGAGUUCACUCACCUGGGCUUGGACAAGUAUCUGGACAGCCUGAAAGAAACAGAAAGCGAGAAGCUGCAGGUGCAGAUCCAGGCUUACCUGGACAACGUGCUGGACGUCGGAGCUCUGCUGGAGGACGCCGAGAGUAGAGGAGGCGUUUUUGAGCACGUGGACCAUCUGCAGGACCACAAUGUUCAGCUCAGCGCUCAGCUCCAUGAGAUGGAGACUCAGACUGCGGAGAAGAUUUCGGAACUGGAGACUCAGCUCAUGCAGGCCACCAAGGAGACGGAGCUGCUGAAGGAGAGUCUGAGGGAUUCGUGCUCCCAGGUGAGCUCCCUCCAGCAGAGGGAACGGGAGAAGGAACUGGACAGGGAGCGGGAAAAGGAGCGGGAGCGUCUGAGCGUGGCCGCUCCUCAGGUGGCUUCCGAGCUGGAGCAGAAGAUCCACGAGCUGCAGGAGAGAGGGCUGAUCCGCCUGUCCCGGACCGCCUCUGGGGGCCUGGACAUUCAGGUGGUGCCCAUCACGGUGACAGAUUAUGUUAUGGCACCGGCGCCUCAGCCCACCGCCCCCGUACCCUCAUCCACCCCCUCCCGUCCUGUACUACCUCCUCCACCCCCUCCUUACGGUCCUCCAGCACUUCCAUCGUCUCCUGGUGGAGAGCCACCAUGUCCGCCUCCUCCGCCUGGAGGAGGACCACCACCCCCACCUCAGAAAUUUUCUGCAGGAGAAGGGCCAACACCACCGCCUCCUCCUCUCGUUGCAGCAGUAGGACUACCACCACCGCCACCACCUCCUCCAGCUGCCGCAGGGGGCCCACCGCCUCCUCCACCAGUUGCGGCAGGAGGGCCACCACCAGCUCGCCGAGGAGGACCAGGGCCACCGCCACCUCCACCUCCACCUGGGGUUGGACCACCUCCUCCACCUCCACCUGGACUUGGACCGCCUCCUCCACCCACUCCUGGAGCACCCAACAUUCAGUCUGGGUUAAAGAGCAAAAAGCCCAUUCAGACCAAGUUCAGGAUGCCGCUGUUGAACUGGCAACCUUUGAAACCAAACCAGGUCUCAGGAACCGUUUUCAAUGAGCUGGACGACGAACAACUCCUGGAGGACCUGAACAUGGAGAUGUUUGAGGAACAGUUCAAGACGAAGGCGCAGGGGAACCCGUCAGAUCUGUCCAAAGUCAAGAAGAAGUUGGGGCAAAAAGCCCCCAGCAAGACAUCUUUGAUUGAUGCCAACAAGGCCAAGAACCUGGCCAUCACCUUACGCAAAGGCGGCAUGAGUCCUUCAAACAUCUGCACCGCCAUCGAGAUGUAUGACCAGCAGUCCUUGUCCAUCGACUUCCUGGAGCUGCUGGAACACUUCAUACCCUCCGACUUCGAGAUGAAGCUUCUACUCAACUACGAGAAGGAAGGGCGACCCCUCAACGAGCUGACGGACGAGGACCGCUUCAUUCUGGACUUCGGGAAGAUUCCUCGCCUCAGCCAGCGCAUCAACACGCUCACCUUCAUGGGGAACUUCCCUGAGAGCGUCAAGCGGCUUCAACCGCAACUCAACUCUAUCAUCGCCGCAUCCAUGUCCAUCAAGUCCUCCGCCAAAUUAAGGAAGAUCUUAGAGAUCGUGUUGGCGUUUGGGAACUACAUGAACAGCAGCAAGAGGGGGCCGGCUUACGGAUUUAGACUGCAGAGUCUGGACCUCCUGCUGGAAACAAAGUCUACGGACCGCUCGCAAACGUUGCUCCACUUUAUGACCACCAUCAUUCUCGACAAAUACCCAGACCUGGCCAACUUCUACACGGAGCUACAUUUCGUGGACAAAGCAGCCCUUGUGUCCUUGGACAGCAUCCUGCAGGACAUCCGCUCCCUGGAGCGAGGCAUGGAGAUGACCAAGAAGGAGUUCCUGGUGCAAGACGACAGCCCCGUCUUGAAGGAGUUCAUCAAAAGCAACUGCGAGCAGUUGGAGUCGCUGAUGAAAGACAGCAAGACGGCGCAGGAGGCCUACUUCUCCGUGGUGGAGUACUUCGGAGAGAAUCCCAAAACCACGCAGCCGGCCAUGUUCUUCCCGCUCUUCUCUCGCUUCAUUAAAGCCUACAAGAAAGCCGAGCAAGACAUUGAUCUGAAGAAGAAAAUGGAGAUGGAGAUGAGAGACGGGAGAGAUAGCUCGCCCACCAAGAGUGGAAGUCAAAGGGGUCCUUUGAUGCCUAAAUUGGAUUUCAUAGCCGAGCUGAAGAGGAAGCAGGUACAGCCCGGCGUGCGUGAGGGCAAAGACGGAGCUUUGGAAGACAUCAUCACAGAUCUGAGGAACACGCCAUACCGCCGCACAGACGGACGCCGGCCAGCUCAGCGCCAGGACACCUAGUAAACAUCCCAGGCUGAAAGUACAUAUACAUACUGUAUACACACAAACACACAUAUAUGUAUGUAU